AUGGAAGAAAGCUUAUCGGAUAGGUACUUCAGCUUUAGGAACAAUUUAAAACAGCGAAACACAUCGCAGAGGUUUUUCGACUGGAUCCUGAACUACCCCCUGUUCAACGAAAUCCGAAAUAGUAAUCUGUCUAACCGCUUCAGCAGCCUCUGCAUAAACGAUGGGCAAAAUUUUUACCCGAAACAAACGCAGCCAACAGUGAAAAGGAGAAUAUCGAACAAGAAGGACUCAAGCGUGCCCAUCAGCGAGCCCAACGAACUGACCACGAAUUUGAUUAAAAAUGGAAUAAGGCAAGAAGAUUAUAGUCUCAUAGUGAACAACAAGUUUUACUUGAAGAUAAUUAAAAGGAGCGAAAAGAUUUACAAAACAUACAACGAUGAUAUUAAGGACGAAAGAAAGAAAAAAAAAAUAUUUGAAAAAGUUAAGCAAAAAUAUUUUAAAAAAAAAGAAAACAGUGAAAUGUAUAAUAUCCCACCUGUAAUUCCUGUGAAUUAUUCUGCAAGGAAAAAAAAAAAAAAAAUUUUGGAUGAAGAAUUUAAUCCUUUUUUUACCUUUUUCGAAAAAGACAUUAACAAAAAUGUGUACCACGACAGUAUCACUUUUUCUCUGAAAACCAACAUCCAUCUUAAUCGGUACUUUUACAAAGUAAUAACCAAUCAGCUGCGCUACUACCAGAUUAAGAAGGACUUGUACCUUCCCAUCAUCAGCAUGCUGAAUGAGAUUUCAAAGUAUUACCACAGUUAUGACUACGACAUUUUGACAAAUGUGAAGGUAAAGUACUUCCCCUAUAAGAGAUUCUCAAACAGCUUCUACAUCAACGGGUUGGUGUUCAGCAACUGCUCUAUAUACUUUGACGAUGUGGAAAUAAAGAACCCGAAAAUAUUGCUCCUGGACGCAGAAAAAAAAAAUAACUACGAAGUACUGGAGCAGUCUUAUAACAACAAGUAUAAUUACACUUAUUUCAUUUUGAAAAAAUUGAGCAAUCGAAAUUUGAACAUCAUUUUAAUUCACGGGGAAAUAGAUGUUUACACGAAGAAGUUGUUAAUGAGUAAGAAGAUAUAUUUUUUUACAAGCAUUAAGAAAAAAAAUUUACGGCGAUUGUCCAACAUGCUGCGUGCCAAGGUUCUAAGUUAUGACGACUUUGUAAAUUUUGACCAUAACAGUUAUGUAGCUAAGGCAAAUUAUUUCAAAAUUGAAAAGUAUAGGAAAAACGUGAAAAAUAUUUUUCUCUGUUGUAGCGGCAAUUUUUUAACCAUCUGCAUAUUUGGGAGGAAGGAAAUUCGGGAUGGGGAUGAACCGCAGGUUGGAUAUGCACCUGCGAAUAGCACGUCCACAGCUGUUGGAGUAACAUUUUCGAACUUGUACAACCCAAAUGAGAGAUGCGCACCGGAGGAAGGAAGAAAACCGAAGGGGGAAGGCCUGUUAUAUACGCUUCUUAAAAAAGAAACGAAGAAACAAAAUAUAUUAGAUAAAUUCCUCCAAGUGUAUUACAAGAACAAGAGUGAUGAUUAUAUAGUUGAUUAUUUUUUCCACCAUACAGAAAAAAAAAUAUGUCUAAUGGAUAAGGAAAGACGUGGAAACAAGAAAGAGAAACUAAUUGAUCAUAUAAAAAAUGUAAUUAUAAUUAAAAAGGUUAAAAAAGUGCUAAGGUUUUGUCUGUUCUUGACCUUCCAUGUAUAUAAACAGCUGCAUUUGAAUAACUACAUGGGAAGAAUGCUGCAGAGCAUGCCAGAUGGAAGUAUACACACAAAUGCCAUUUGUGACAAUUUUUAUAAGAAAUUGAGUCAGUCCAUCCUGUCUUCUUCCAUUUUUUUUUUCUAUAAUGAUACAAAGAGCAAGAUAAAAAAGACACCCAUAAAUUUCAUGUCGAAUUUGUUCCACUUAGUAAAUGCUAAUAACCCACUGAUAAGAGAACGGAUGAAGAUUUUACACAUGUUAAUAAAGACAAAUAAAAUUAUUAAAGACCAAAUAUACAACAAUUAUGAACAUUGUUUCUUGAACACUGGAAAAAACAAAAUAAUAGACGUAGUGAACUAUUUUUUAUUUAACAAUUUCAUGAAAAAUUGGGAAAGCAAUUAUAAUUUUAUGUAUUAUUAUUUAAAAAUUAUUAACAGCUCUUAUUUGUACUGCAAUUGGAAAAAUUUAAUCACAAAUGAGGAAGAUUUUUUGAACGACUCAAAUUUAUUGUGCCAUCCUGUAUUCUUUAAAGACGAAAUUGUGAUGGAGAACAAGGUUAAUGAAAAGGCUGAGGAGAUUAUUGCCCAGAAUAUCCUUUUCUAUUGCUAUCAUUUGGAAGCAACCAAAAAUGUAGAAAUGAUAAUUUAUUUUAUUUGCCCCAAUUAUAUGUUUAUUAAUAACUUGUACAAUUGUGUGAACAUGUACCUGUUUGACAACCAGAACCAUAGCUUGAAGAAGCUCUUUUACAACUUUUUCUUUAACCACAAGUAUAUAUACGACAUGUCCUUGCAGCAGUUCGUUUGCGUCAUCCACGAGCUGGCCCACAGUUUGAAAUGCCCUUUCGACACGUGCCGGAACGAACUCGGCCACCACCAAAUAUGCAUCCAAAUAUUCCUGAAGAGGGUCCUCAUCACAUUUAUGAAGGAAAGCAGCGAUAGUGAUGAGGACGAAGUAAGCAUGAAAAUCAUCUGCAACAAGUGUGACUUGGUCCAGGAGAAAUUACUGAGCACCAACUUUUCCCUCAGCGAAUUUCUUCUAAGCAUUGUACACUCGGACAGCUACGUGAACAUUCAUUGCAACCACAAUGGGAAAAACAAUUCCUACGAGUUGAGUUACAAAGAUUUGAAAGUUUGUUUCCUCCUACACGAUAAUGAAAUUUACAAAAGUAUCAAGCCGCACAAAAGUGGCAAGGGUUUGCAUGCAUCAAGUAGAAGCAGCGAAGGUAGCAGUGCACGCUGGUGUUCAUACGACAGAGGGCCGAACAAGUGUAAGCGAAUCUCCAACACGGAACGUAGAGUAAAAAGAUACAUCAAGAAGAACAUGCAAAACAUCAUUUGCAAUAGCGUCUUUUACAACUACCCCUGCAACUGCGUAACGGGAAAGAAUAAGUAUAAAAUUGGAGAAGGAAAAGAAAAGACAAAAGGACAAGUGUAUACAAAUUUUAACCUGUACAAUAUCAUCGAAAAUUUCCCCUUUUUUACGAGCUCAAUGCUGCCCAUGUAUUGCUCACUAAAGUACUUAAUCUACAACUGCGUAAUUCAGUAUUAUAGGUCUAAAAAUAAGCAUCUUUAUGGGAAGCCAUCCUCAAUGAAGAGGAAGAAGGAGAAGUUUAAAAACCCCUCUUCUCCAUUGUACUUUACAAAUAAGUGUAAAAAAUGUAAACACAUAAAAAUUGACAACUUUUUCACACUAGGAUUUUUCAAUGUCUUAUUCAUAAUUAAGAGGAUUUUUUUUAACUUUUACAUCGCUGUGAAUUUUCUCAUCGGUCUGGUCAGUAAAAAUAUACUUAUUAAGGUGAACGAAAUUUUGUACUGCGUAAAUAACACGGAAUACUUCAUAGAGGAUAGUUUUUUGAUUAUAAAGGGGGAGAUGGAAAGCAGCAGGGAGGACGCACAGGGUGAACCAUUAGACGAGCACAAAAUUGAGGCACGAAGCCCGAACGGCGAUGGAAAUAAUGAACCACUUGUAAAGCAAAAAGACGAUCCCUUGAAUAGUGCGAUGAUCCAGCAGAUGUGCGGGGGUGAGAUGGAGGUUACACAAGGAAGGGGCGCGGAUGGACCUGCACACACAAUGCGUUCAUCGCAUGACCCAAGUGCGGAUGCCACGCACAUCAAGAAGAAGGAGGAAACACUCAGAGGAAAACAAGUAAACUCGAGCAGAGAAGAAAGGAUCCUUAACUACGACUCGAAAGAGGCUAACAGCAACCGCGCAUACAUCCUAAAAGAUAUCAACAGAAUAAAGGAAAAUUUAGUAAAGCAGUUCCUCAUAUUUAGAAAGUUUAAAAACAAACUGGUGCAAAACAAAAAACACCUAACUAGAGUGUUCAGGCGUUUUUACACCUACGCCAUUGUGCAUUUGAUGGACAGGGAAUUCUCGUUGGACAAUGAAAUAUUUUUCUCCUUGUACAUUAUGAGAUUAGAAAAAAUUAACUUAAGAAUAAAGAGGGAUAUUGAAAAUAUGACCAAGUUGGCCAAUAAUAGGAAGAUACAGUAUUUGCGUUACGUCGCUCGGGGCGCUUGGGACGGUGUGUCUGUGAGGAGGCAAGUGAAGAAGAUAUUUAAGGAGACGGUAGAGGAUACGAAGCGAGACGAGGAGAACAUCGAACAAACUUUCUCUAACAAUCCCCUGUCUUUGCCGCCCACAAGCCACCGUAGUGCCAAACGGAGUCCCCAACGCAGAUUGGACAAAGUAGAGCUCAUGAGAAAGUGGAGGAGAUCCAAAAAGAAGUAUGCCCUGAUGAACGACUUGAACAGCAGGAGAAGAAGGGAGAGCGAAAUGUCUAAUUUGGAAAAUCCUGAAAGUCUGAAUGAAGACAAGUCGGAGCUAAGCAACUACUUCUACUUCGUGCGGGAGUAUGACAUACAAAAAUUAUAUACGAAAGAGUCCUACUACAUUUAUAACAUUGAGAAUUAUAGGAAGAGAAAAUAUUUAGACGAUUUGAACAAGGAAGAAUACGAACAUUCGAACAAGAAACUAUUCUAUUUGCAUAUAACUAAAAUAAUCGACUCGGUAAAGGUUGAUAAAAGAAGCAGAAAGAAAACGGGGGGUACAGAAAAGGAACAGAAAUCAAGUGCGAUCUUUUUAUUAAAUCCCAGUGACACGUCCAACUCCAUCUUCCACGCGCUUAUAUCGGAUGAGUACAAGUUGAAGUUGGCCGAAAUUUACGAAAAGGAGAGGGAAGCUGUCCGGGCGGAGAAGAAACAACAGGCGCUGGAAAAACAAAUUGACGAAGCAAAAAAUGAAAUUGCGCUACUGCGGAGGGAGUUCAAACCAAAUGGGAGCAAAGAAAGGGUUACACAGAAGACGCCGUUUUGUGGAAAGAAAAAAUCGAAAAGGGGAAAACAUUCCUGCAUCGAACAGCAUGAGGAAAUAAAAAAAUAUGUAAAGAAAAAUAUAAGAAGGAUGACCAACCGGAACCUAGCAAAUAGCUCGAUAAACCAAUUUUUGAAUUGCAAAAAUGAUCAAGUUGUCAUUGUUCCGAUAAAUGAAAACAUUUCUGUGUACAUAUAUUUUCCGCUACAGUUUUAUUACCUGAGGAAAUUUCUGUGUAAAAGAGAAACAACAUUUUUAAGAUCACUCAUAAAAAGCAACUGUAUCAAAUUUGAUCAUAAAAAAAGACACUUUGUAAAAACAUACGACGAUAAGUACAUCAUCAAAGAGAUAAAUAAAUACGAAUUUAAAUCUUUCAUUACAAGAUAUAAAGAAUUUUUUCAACAUUUUUCGGACAUAUUUUUUAAAGGAAAAAAAUCUCUCCUAUGCUUCAUGUUUGGACUUUACCAAAUAGAAAUUAAAAAGAGGAGGAGAAAAAAUGUUAAAUCGUAUAUUAUUUUGGAAAAUAUAAAAAUCGAAAAUAGCAACUCGAAAAUUUUAAUUUUUGAUAUUAAAGGGGCAAGGAAAAAAAAAAAUUUACAAAAACUGAUCAAGCAGAAUAAGAGGAGCUCCUCCGUAUUCGAACGAAAUGAUGUCUUAUCGUACAACUCGUGCAAAACGACGGAAGAAAAGGACAUGUCUGAAGAUAAUUCCUCUGGCAUAUCGGAAAAUUUGGGCCAUUUUACUAGAUACAUUCGCAGGGAAAAGAAGAUUAACUUUAAGGGCGCAGCGGUGUCUGCCGCGCAGGGGGGGGCGCGGGAGAACAAACAGACGAAUAUAUUUUAUAGCAAAAAUGAGUAUUUGCAUAUGUUCUCCGUGGAAAAGACCCAUACAGCCGAAGAGGCACAAAAAGGAGAAAACAAUUCCAAACAGGAUGGUGCACACUAUAUGGAAGGUUCCGUACCCAACGCAGAAGGUGAAAGAAGACACAAUGUCAUAACCCAGGGCGGCAAAGAGGGAGCAGGGAAUAAGAACCGUAGAACAGGGAACGGAUUAAGCAGCGAAAGUAACGAAGAAAAGGUGAGGAAAUUGUAUACAAAAGUUAGGCAAAAAAUGCUAUGUGGAUUGUUGCGGCAACGUCUGGUUGAACCGGCUAAGAAGCUCCGUAUGAAGAGUAGACUGAAUAAAAAUUCCGCACAAAUUGGUGAGGAGAAAAAAGAUAAUCACAAAAAUUGGCGCAUCUUUAUAAAUGACAUUGUACAUCAUACGAGGAUGUUCCUAUCUUUGAAUAGCAAAAUGACCAAGCUACGAAUGAGAAAAAAUAGACGUAGGGGGAAAUGCACCAAAAGGAUCAGAACGAAAUAUUUGUACAGCACGAAGGCGUCACUGCAUUUUUUGGCGAAAAAAAAGGAGUGCAUUUUGAAUAGACACAAUUUGAGCAAGCACAAAUUAAGGGGAGAAGUGGUAUGCGCCCCCCAAGGUAGUACCCCGUCACGGGAAGGAACUUACAGCUUCUUAAACAAGGAUAUGUCAAAUAGUAAAAACAUGGAGAGUCUAAAUUCGAUAGAAAAAUAUAACAACUUCACAAUAGAUAAUUACAAUAGCUUGCAAAAUUAUACUGUGCUAUUUGAUGACAAUUUUAGAGACUUCAUCAAAGGGAAGGUGAUAAAUAUGGAGUACUGUGAUUACAAGGAUCUGAUGGAUUCGUUAAGAGAAGAUACAGACUUCCUGUCAGGGCAGGAUAUCAUGGAUUACUCCCUCCUUAUACACAUAGACGUAGCAAAUUUUGUAAUCAUUUUUAAAAUUAUUGAUUAUUUAAGACCUUACACAUGGGACAAAUCGGUAGAAAAUUUCAGCAAAAGUGUUUUAUAUUUGACCAAAGGGUACAGACCGACUAUUAUACAUUCCGAAUAUUAUAAAAAGAGAUUCCUAAGUAAUAUUAAAAAGUACAUUUUUUAUUACCUUCCAAUUUAUGCUCUUAAAAAAAAAAUUGUCUUUAAAAUCGCAGAGAGGAAGGACUCCUUUUCUGUAUUCACUCUAAACAAAAGGCAUCCAUUCAAAGUUUAUUUUUUUUAUCAACUGUUUAAUUUAAUAAUGAGGUACUAUAAUAAUUACUAUAUUUAUAUGAAAUAUUUUAAUGUUCAUCAGGCGUCUUUGCGUAAGUGGUCAUUUGUAAAUAUUUUCUCGAGACAAAAUUUGCUUACUUUUUUAAGCUAUUAUCAGAAGGAAUGUUACUUACAAAAUUUGGAGGAAAAGAAAAGAGAAGAUGCCCAACUGUGUGACGAUUUUUACCUGCCAACUGUACUAUAUGAAAAUGAUUUUUCAACACCGGACACUUUUUCAAAUCCUCUGAAGAGCGAAAUUGCAUUGCGUAAUGGAAAUUUAAAUAAAGAAAUAAUGUCACUCUAUUUUGAUAGCAACGAUGUGAAUAGCAAUUCGUUUUAUCUGAGCGCAGAUGUGUCCACUACCAAAAUGAGAGAGGAUAAUGCUCAUCUGUAUAACCUUGUGUUUCCGUACUGUACUUUGGAUCAUCGUGGCGACCCCCAGAAUGGCAGUUUUCCCACAUGGAGGGGCUUUGGAAGCAACCAGACGGGUGAUACGAAGUAUGACGCGCGCAGCGACGAACAUGGCCGGGGUAUUCCUCUCUCCCGUGAAGCGAACAAUCCAUCGCGAACGAACAAUAAUCCAUUGCGAACGAACAAUACAGCGAUAGAGGACGGUGGGAAAACCCACGGACACGCGGAGCACACCGCCGACGGUAUGACGAACAUGCCAAACUUUUUCAGCCAUAGUGACUUCUUUGACGAAAGGGAGUACGAAAAAUUGAAAAAACGAUUUUAUAAAAAAAUUUCCCACUUUCAAAUAAAAAUUUUGAAGAAGUUGCAAAAAAAUAAUUUUAAAAUAGAAGGCAUUUCUCACCUCGUCCAGAAUAACGUGUACAUACACAUGACUGACACGAAUAUGCAUUACACAAACAUGAACUAUCUAGACGUUUUUAACAUUUAUAACAUAUGUGAGAAAGGUUUUCGUUGGGGAAGCAAGCGGUCCAAAUGCCGUAAAAGGGAAGACACCCUUUUGUACGUUCCGUCUUACUUUCUCUUCGCGCUGAACAAGAACUGA